ACUCAAGGAAGGGAAGCCGGCGGCGCGAAUGGCGAUGCUGAGCGUCACCCUCACGCACGGUUCCUCCAAGCACAGUGUGCAAGUCCCAGGGGCUCCGGGCGGCAAGGAGCCCACACUGAGCGACCUCGCGCAGGCUGUCGCCGCCGCCACUGCUGUCCCUGAGGCUAACCAGAAGCUCAUUUUCAAAGGGAAAUCCUUGAACACUCUAAAAGAGCCUGAUCGGAUGAUUUCAGCAUGUGGGAUGAAGAAUGGAUGCAAGAUCAUGCUUAUUGGGAAAAAGAAUAGCCCCGAAGAGGAAAGUGCAUUGCAACGACUGACAGAAAUGGAAAAGUCUGGAGAGCAACUCUCAUUUAGGCUGAAUGAAAUCCAAGUGGAGCUUAAAGGCAUCCAAAAUGGUUACCUGGAGAAGAAUCUGCGGGGGCAGGCACUGACCAAGCUGGAGAAGCGUGUGAAGGCAGUGACGGAACAGUGCAUGAAGCUGCUGGAGCAAGCUGACGGCACGGAACUGCCGGAGAAUUUUUCGGACUGUCGAAUGAAGCGAAAAAGGAUCGUGAAGAAAAUUCAGAGCUACCUGGAUCAUUGUGACACAUUGGAGAAAAGUGUAACAGUUGAAGGUGAAAAGCUUCAAAGAAAAAGUUUAACACAGCCUGACUAAUGUGACACACUGCGAGUUUGAAUAUACAGUACAGUAGAUUUAAAUGUUAUUUACAUUUCAUUGGAUUUUAGAUGAAUGGAUACAACUAUAUAUGUUUGGAAUGUACUGUACAUAAAAGUAAUAAUUUGAAUGUAUCAUCAGCCAUUGUUUAUUUGAUGCUGGAUGAAGAUCACUCCACACCACUGCCACCAUAUCCCACGAUUUCUCUUAGUCCUGCGAUGCCACAACAUACCUGCACAAUACAUUCCUGCGGAGGGAGCUGGUAGGAACGUUGGGUUGCUCGGUCAAUGGCCAGGGUCAACGGCGGCGUGGUGUAUUCCGCAAAUAUGCCCGACUGUGAGGGCGGGCACAAGUGUAACCAGGAGGUUCCUACCGGUAUUAACUUAUCUCAUUCUUCCUCUUGAUGGUCAUCUUCCUCGGCACAUCCUCUCAGUUAUUCUGUCACCAGUCUUGUCUGCGAGCUGUCACCCUUUUGAGUGUCUUUUUCAAGCCUACCUUUCACAAUAGUCUAUUUGUAUCUGAUUUCAUUGCUCCUAGAUCCAUGUGCUCCUCGCCUCAGCUCAGCAUCUGCUCCAUUAAUUGUUCAUUCUGUCAGUGUUUAAAUACUUUAAAUAACUCCAGGUGAAAUGGCUGUGGAGUCCAAUUUAAGAGUGGCACGUUUUAUCCAGAAUAUGUAGAUCAGACUGGAGCAGAACCUUGUUGUGACAUCUUAAUUUUUUACAUUUUAUGAGUUAAUUUUAUUUUACAACUGCAUGUUACUUGUGUUUGUGGAAUCCAUUAAAUAUUGCAUUCUG